AUGAGGUCAGAUUUCAAGUUUUCGAAUCUGCUAGGUACAGUUUACCGGCAGGGAAACAUAAUUUUCUCGCAAGAUGGCACUAUUCUUCUGUCUCCUGUAGGAAAUAGAGUAUCGGUGUUCGAUCUGGUGAACAAUCGGUCCUUUACUUUCGAAUACGAGCAUCGCAAGAAUGUGAGCUGUAUCGCAUUGAACCCACAGGGAACGCUGCUGCUGUCAGUGGACGAGGACGGCAGAGCGAUUUUGGUGAAUUUUCGGGCCAAAACGGUGCUGCACCAUUUCAACUUCAAGGAGCCCGUCAGUGACUUGAAAUUCUCUCCAGACGGUGCUACUUUUGCGUUGGCCUGUGGACGGUUUAUUCAAGUGUGGAAAACCCCGGACGUAGCAGAAGAUCGGCAGUUUGCGCCGUUUGUGCGUCACAGAGUUCACGCCGGUCAUUUUGCAUCAAUAAUAUCGCUGAGCUGGUCUCCAGACUCCAGGUUCAUACUUUCCACGUCCAAGGAUUUGACCGCAAGGAUCUGGUCGCUGGACUCGGAUGAACAAAACCUGGCGGCCACAACGUUCGCCGGCCACAGAGAUUACGUCGUAGGAGCCUUUUUCUCGGCAGAUCAGGAACAGAUCUACACCGUGAGUAAAGACGGCGCACUUUUCCAAUGGGGUUACACCUCCAAGCAAGAAGUCGAGGAGGGAGAGGAACCCGAUCUGUCCUCUUACAGCUGGCGUAUUGUGAAGAAAAAUUACUUCUACGCUGCUCAAGCCAAGGUAAAACGUGUUACUUUUCACGCCAAGUCCAAUAUGCUAGUGGUUGGUUUUAACAACGGGGAGUUCAGACUAUACGAAGUGCCCGAUUUCACUUUGAUUCAGCAGCUGUCCAUGGGUCAAAAUGCCAUCAACGCAGUCUCAGUGAAUCAAACUGGUGAAUGGCUGGCCUUUGGCUCAAGUAAAUUGGGACAACUGCUAGUAUACGAGUGGCAAUCCGAGUCCUACAUCCUUAAGCAACAGGGCCAUUUUGACGCUACCAAUGCCGUCGCGUAUUCUCCAGACGGUUCCCGCCUCGUUACAGCGUCAGACGAUGGUAAAGUCAAAAUUUGGGACGUGGCUUCUGGAUUCUGUUUAGUGACUUUCCAAGAACAUACAGCAGCCGUUACAGGACUGGCGUUUGCCAAAAAAGGACAAGUUCUUUUCUCGGCUUCCCUUGAUGGAACAGUGAGAGCAUGGGACCUCAUCCGUUACCGUAACUUUAGGACUUUCACUGCCGCUGAUAGAAUCCAAUUCAACUGUCUGGCCGCGGAUCCCUCUGGCGAAGUCGUGUGCGCAGGUUCGAUUGAUAGUUUCGCUAUUCACGUAUGGUCGGUUCAAACAGGCCAACUUGUGGACACGUUAGACGGUCAUGAUGGCCCAGUGACAUGUCUUUCUUUCAGCAAAGAGAAUGGAGUUUUGGCUUCGUCUUCUUGGGAUAAAACGAUCAGGAUAUGGUCCAUUUUUGGAAGAUCGCAGCAAGUCGAACCUUUGGAAGUAUUCGCCGAUGUCUUGUCCAUCGCAGUAAGACCGGAUGGUAGCGAGGUGGCUGUUUCGACCCUGGACGGAAACGUUCUCUUUUUCGACAUAAACGAGGGAAAGCAGGUAAAUUCCAUCGAUGGCAAAAAAGACAUUCUCUCUGGUAGACACCUAGAAGAUAGAUUCACAUCCAAGAAUUCGGCUAGAUCCAAGUACUUCACGAGCAUUGACUACAGUUUCGAUGGUCUUUCGCUGGUCGCCGGUGGUAAUAACAAUUCCAUCUGUCUCUAUGACAUCCCCAACGGUGUCCUUCUCAAAAGAUUCGUUGUUUCCAGAAACAUGUCUUUGAAUGGUACGCAACAGUUUCUGAACAGCAAAAGGAUGACUGAUGCGGGUUCUCUGGAUCUGAUUGACCGUGAUGGCGAGAAUUCUGAUCUAGAAGAUCGCAUAGACAGCACUUUGCCAGGUUCUAACAGAGGUGGAGAUAUGUCGACCAGACGAGUGAGACCGGAAGUGAGAGUAACAAGUCUGAAAUUCUCGCCUACGUCUAACGCCUUCGCUGCAGGUUCCACAGAGGGUAUUCUGGUUUAUUCCGUUGACGAGGGCCUCCUCUUCGACCCUUUCGAUUUGGAUAUAGACAUCACACCUCAAGCCGUAGUAGAAGCACUCAAAGAAAAAGAGUAUCUGCAAGCUUUGGUGAUGGCUUUCCGAUUGAACGAAGAGUACUUGAUCAAGCGCGUUUACGAGUCUGUGCCAGUCAAAGAAAUAAACUUGGUGAGUAGUGGACUGCCGAUUGUUUACGUGGCGCGUAUGCUCAAGUUCAUAGGAGAUUUUUCGAUGGAAUCUCAGCAUCUAGAGUUCAACCUAAUAUGGGUGAAAGCAAUUCUUUCGGCUCAUGGUCGUUACAUCACAUCUCAUAAGCACGAAUUUGGGUCGUCACUGCGCGCUGUUCAACGCUUCCUUGGUCGCAUAGGUAAGGAUGUGGUCUCAGCUUCUAAAGACAACAAAUACGCUUACCUUUUCUUAUCGUCUACAGACGGAUCUACUCAGGCAGACGAACUGGAUGGAGACGGAGAUGCCGGUAUGGGCCACGCCUUCCAGAUUGAGGAAGACAACAAUUCUUCUGACAACGACUUGGUGAUGGAAGACGCAUCGGACGACGAAAAGGGCUGGGUCGGUUUUUCAGACGCCAAGAGUAAUACCCUGCCACUCGAUCAAGACAAGGACUCUUCAGACGACGCUUCAGACGACGACGACGACGAAAACCUUAUUUAA